AUGGAAGCUCCGGCUCCAGAUUGGUCCGGGCUACCAGCGGACAUAUUGAUCAGCAUAUUCCAGUUGCUCCAGUGCCCGGACCUCCUCCGAUCCGCCGCCGUCUGCACAUUCUGGCAAAAGGCGUACUCCACGCUCCGCCGCAGCGGCGUCUGCCCCAGUCGGCAGACCCCCUGCUUACUCUAUUGUACCGAGGCCGCCGGUGCGAAGGCUCUUGGCAUGUACAGUCUCUCCGAACGGAAGGACUACUCCAUGCCCCUCCCUGAACCUCCCAUCAGCAACUGGAUUGGUUCAUCACAUGGCUGGCUAGUCACCAUGGAUGAGAAGUCUGACCUGAUGCUUCUCAACCCUAUCACCGGUGACAAGAUUGCACUCCCUCCCGUGACAACCAUGGAGCAUGUUAAACCUGUCCUAAACGAUGACGGGGUUCUUGAAGAGUACAAGCUGUCUUUCUACCACGGAGAGCUUCCGAGGGUGGAGAGGACACCAUAUGGAUGUUCUUUGGAUAGGUGCGGUGAAGUUGUCUACAUAAAGGUGAUUUUAUCGUCUGAUCCAUCGACAGGCAAAUGCAUUGUCAUGCUCAUCCAUCAGCCGUACUGA